UACAUAUUGACUCACGCUUUGUUGAUUGUUAGGUACCUAGUUACAUUUUCACCUGUUUCUUCACAAAUCACAAAUUGCCUUGUUUCUCAAUUAAACGAAAGAAUCUAAUUAUCAAUGUAACAAAUUGGUUAGUGUGAUAUUUAUAUUUAUGAUUGUGCAAAGUGCCUUCGAGCUUUGAAUAGUUUACUCAAGUGUGGUGUCACAAAAUAAUUAUGAAAAGUGUAAAUUGAUUCAUCAUUUAUCAACUUCGGUUUAAAUUAAAGUUCACAACAUGAAAAUGGCUGUGAAGAAAAUCCAAGAAAACCCAUUACCCGAGAGCCAUGAGCCUGAAACACCACAGACAUCAGAAACAUCAGAAAAAAUGAAAGAUGUACAUCGUACAGCCAUACCAGUGAAGAUAAUCCCUCCAACACCAGUGACACCAUCACCCGUGUCGCGUGUCAGCAUACCCUCCUUCACGAAAACAACUCCCAAUGAGUUAUACAGGAAGCUUCUACCUGCCGUACUUUUCCUGCUCACGUUCGUCACAGUUAUGACAAUUCUGCUCAUCUACAUGGACACUGUUGCGUUAGGCGCCCAGCAGUUCCGGGUGAACAUGUCGCGGGACUACGACAUGGCGCGCAUCCCCGCCGAGUCGCCCACGCUGGUGGCGUACGUGCGCCAACUGCACCUGGCGCCGCGCGCGCCUCGCACCCCGCCGCCCACGCCCACGCCCACUGCUCGCGUCGCGGUGCUCGACAGGGUACUGGGAGAGCUGUACAAUGGCACACUCGUAGAAUUUCUCCCGCGCGGUGGAAGGGACCCCACCGCGGCCUUUCUGGAGACAAUUCGUGGCUGGAGCGGAGUCGCUGUUAGGGCUGCACCCAGAGACUUCCUGGCGCUCAGGGGCGCCGCGAGGGCUUUGCACGCUUGUCUCAGCCCUACUGAUCAUCCCAGGGAGGUUAGCUACGAGGAGGCGGAGGGCGGCGGCGGCACGUUCCGCUCGCGCGUGCUCUGCCUGCCGCUGCUGACGGUGCUGCUGGCGGCCGACGUGCCGCGCGCCGACUACACGGCGCUGGCCGGCGCCGCCGUGCCCAAGGCGCUCGCCGCGCUGCCGUACGACCGGCUGCGGCUCAAGGUAAUCGACUACCGGUCAACGGACCCGGUGGCUUUGAACAAGACCACGCAAAUCCUGGAGGCGAACAACUACACCGUGGCAGCUACCUUCGACGACGGUAUCAUGUAUGCUUUAAAUGAUCUCAGGCAGGAAUGAGGUAACCGAUCACAUCUCGUGCCCCCAUGACACCCAAAUCGUACAUUAUCAUUACAACCCAUCAAGCACGGCUCUGCAAAUGGUUAAGGCCAAAGUCCACCACGCUGGCCAAGCACAGAUUAGUGGACUUUACACACUUUUGAAAUACCAUGGAAAACUUUAAGGCAGGCAUGUAUAAGCCUCAAAAAAAGAUUUGCUUGCUCGCAAUCGAGAAGACUUUCGCAUGUUAAACUCUGUAUCGUCAAA